AUGAAUAAAAGGAUAUUUAGUUUAGUUUGCAUUGCCUUGUAUACCCUUUUGACUGUACCAGCACAUUGCUCCGAACAGGAAGUAUCUGAUGUAGGAAACAAAAGUGACGAAAAAAAUGAUAUAGAAUAUAAACGUGAAACACAAUUAAAGAAUACAAAUUCUAAAGAUGAUAGAGGAUUCAAUUGUUUUAAUAUAUUUAAAAAAAAUAAAAGAACACAAUCACAUUCAUAUAGUAAAGUACCCUUAACUCAUCCAUAUAAUAAAAUAACCGAAACAUCUUCAAAUAACAAUGACUCUAUUCAUAAGAUAGAAUUGUUGAUGGAAAAGAUUGCCCGUUACUUUCUUGCAAACCAUUCAGAAAUUUUAAAGUUUUUAUCAAAUAAUAAAAUAACCGAAGCAUCUUCAAAUAACAAUGACGCUAUUCAUAAGGUAUCAUUAGAGAUGCGAAAAAUUAUGCGUGAACUUCUUGAAAAAAGUCCAGAAGGUUUAAAGUUAUUGUCACGAUUAGCUGAAAAAUUAGAAAAACGUCCUUCAAAUGAUAAACCAAGUGAAUAA